AUGGAAGAUGACAUUUUGAAUUUUUGAGGUUAUCCUGGUUAUCAGAAAAUAGGGUUAUGUUUGUUAAUGUGACGACUGAAAGAAAACUUGGUGAUUGAAAGCCUGUGGCUAAAAAAACCUUCUUUUCUCGUCCACUGUGCAAGAACCUCUGAAUAUGGCAAUUUCUGGAACUAAGAAGAAAAAAGUUUCCAAGAAACUCAAGAGUUCCUGGAGAAAACAUGUGAACAUUAAAGAUGUUGAAGAAUUUUUAGAAGACCAACGACUAGACGAACGACUAGGACCACCACUGGCAACUAUUUCCAAUGAUGAAUUGUUCAAAGUGGAUGUAAAACCUGAUGAACAACUGUUGUCAUCUAAAGAAAGGCGUAAAUUGAAAGCUCUUAAACCCUUGAAAUGCCUCUCUUCUUUGGUGUCAUAUACAAAAGUUCCAGAUCCUAUUGCAAAAAGAAAUCAUGUUAGAACAAAGGAAGAAAGAAUGAACCGUUUAGUAAUGCUGAAAAAAGAAGCAAACCAGAAAAAAGGAAUAUUCACAGCAAAAGAAAUUCAAGCAAAAGCAAAUCGUGAAUUUGCUGAAGCCAGGAGACAAAAUAAACCAAAAAGAGGAGAAUUUUCAGAGGAUCUAUGGGCAGGAGUGAAAAAAUUCCCAAUUGAAUCUGAUGAAUGGGCCACAACAAAUACAAAAAAACACAAUUUGCGAGGAGUAGGUGUCCCCAUAAAAAAUGUCAGGCCAUCCUUGAAAGAGAAGAAGAGUGGUGUCCCUGCAAUAGAAGCUCCGCACCCUGGCAUGUCCUACAAUCCCAGUUACAAGGACCAUCAAGAUUUAUUGAGAGCUGUUGCUGAGAAAGAAUCUAAACUCAUCAAGGAAGAGGCACAUUUGCAGAGAUGCACCAGGGGGAUGUUCUCAAAGGUCACUGAAGAAACAAGAGAUCAUGCCUGGUUGGUGGAAAUGUCGGAAGGUUUGCCAAGCAAGGAAGGCACCAACGUAGAAGAAAACGAAGCCAGCGGCGACGAAUACAAAUCAGUGAACCCACCUACCAAAAACCAAAAGAAAACCUUGAAGCAGAGGAGGAAGCAAAAAGAGCAACUCGACCUGGCAAAAGCCAGGAGGACCUUGAAGGUAGAAAAAAAGAAAAUCACAGAUAUCCACCAAUUGAAAGUCCUGGCGAGGCAAGUUUCGAAGAUCGAGCGGCAACAAUCCAUCAUCAGGGACAUGCGCGCCAAGGUCAAGGAAUUGAAGAAAAACGAGCCGAAAGUCUUGGGCUCCAUGAAGUACGAGGAGCCCGACUUGGAGUUCAACAUGAUGCAAGACAUCGCCGGUAAUCUGAAGGACCUGAAGACGGAGGGCAGUUUGCUGGCCGACAGGUUCAAGAGCAUGCAGAAGCGCAACAUUUUGGCGCCCACCAAGAGGCAUGCGCGCAAGAAGGCCAAGGUGAAGAAGUACACGAAGCCGGGGCAUAAGGAUGAAGAUUGGAAAAAAACGGUAGCACGCAUUAUAGGUGAAACUGCGUUCAAUAAAAAAGGUGACAAAAACAUCAUUGACAACUACCGACCUAUAUCAAUUAUACCGAUACUUGGUAAAAUAUUUGAAAUAAUCAAAGACCGCUUAACAUCUUUUUUCACUCGACAGAAUACGCUACAUGAGAGUCAAUUCGGAUUCAGACAAAACUGUUCUACUGUUCAAGCAAUCCAAAAGCUGGUAUCCGACAUUAUCAAUGGAUUUGAAGAGGGAAAACAUACCAUAGUCAAUAUGUGUGAUUUGAGUAAGGCGUUCGACUGUGUAUCUUACCCAAUACUUUUAGCCAAGCUACAAUUUUAUGGUCUACGAGGAACAGCUCUGAAAUUAAUCGAAUCAUACUUAUAUGGAAGGAAACAAUCGGUAUAUAUGGAUAAACAUUGUUCUGAAAUUAGCAACAUCCAGUUUGGGGUCCCUCAGGGCUCUAUCCUUGGGCCACUUCUAUUUAUCAUCUAUGUCAAUGAUAUUUUUCAUUACAUGAGUCCAACUAAAUGUAUUUGUUAUGCAGAUGACUGUACUAUCUAUGUAUCUGAUGAAAGAAUUGAUGAUUGCGACAAUACUUCCAAAGUUUUCCAAUCAAAAGCUGAAACAUGGUUCAUUUCUAACUGUCUGAAACUAAAUAACAAUAAAACCCAAAAUAUUGUAUUCUCUACUGAUUACGCUAUUGCCAAAGGUUCUGAAGUUAGACUACUUGGUAUUGUCAUGGAUGAUAAAUUGAAGUGGUCAGCUCAUAUUGAGCAUUUGAGUAAAAAAUUGAGCUCCAAUAUUUACCUAUUAAGAAAGUUGAGUAGAUUUGCUAACAUAACAGUAUUGAAAACUGCAUAUUUUGGACUAUUUCAUUCCCAUAUUAACUAUGGUAUAACUAUCUGGGGAAACGCACCUGACUCCAUGAGAAUAUUCAGACUCAAAAAAAGAGCCUUGAGAAUAAUUGCGAAAGCGAAUUAUAGAGAUAGUUGUCGUCCAAUAUUCGUAAAUUAUGAAAUACUUCCUUUACCGUGUAUCUACAUCCUCAAUUGUUUGUUAGACAUCCAUAAAAAUAAAUAUAAUUAUCAAAGGAAUGAGGAUUUUCAUAAUUACACUACAAGAAACUGUAAGUUGAUUCGACCGAUUAGACAUCGCUUAAACACAUCUGAACGUAACUCUAUAGAUAUAAAAUUGUAUAAUAUUCUCCCUGCCAAUAUCAAAGAUACACCUAUUCAUCUUUUCAAGAAAAAAAUUGGUAAAUUUCUGUUAUCCCAUUGCUUCUACUCGGUGGGGGUAUACCUGGGGGCCGGAGUGGGAUCAUUUGAGUCUAUAUAG